AUGUACAGAUACCCUCAAAUACAUGAGAAGGAAAUAUCAAAACAAAUAUCCGACAUACUUAAGCAAGGAAUAAUAAAAAAAAACAACUCACCUUACAAUAGUCCUUUAUGGAUUGUACCGAAAAAAGCCGACAAUUCAGGACAGAAGAAGUGGAGAAUUGUGAUCGACUACCGUAAACUCAAUGAAGUGACGGUUGACGACAAAUUUCCCAUUCCUAACAUCGAGACUAUAUUAGACAAACUUGACAGGGCACAAUAUUUCACCACUCUUGAUAUUGCCAAGGGCUUUCAUCAAAUUUUGGUAAGGGAGGAAGAUAGAAAGAAAACAGCCUUUUCUACUCCUCAGGGGCACUAUGAGUAUAUAAGGAUGCCCUUUGGCCUGAAAACUGCACCAGAAACCGAAUAUUUGGGCCAUAUUCUAACACCCGAAGAAGUUAGACCGAAUCCCAAGAAGAUUGAGGAUAUUCGUAAAUUGAAAUUACCGGAAACUCAAAAAUUAAUAAAAUCGUUUUUAGGUAUGUCUGACUACUACCGCAAAUUUAUUCGAGACUACGCUAAGGUAGCCCAGCCCAUAACUCAAUGCCUAAAGAAAAAUGUGAAAGUGGACACAAACGACUCUAACUAUAUAAACUCUUUUGAAAAAUUAAAAAAACUGGUUACUGAAACGCCCAUACUUAAGUACCCUGACUUUAACAAAAAAUUUAAACUUGUAACAAAUGCCAGCCAAUAUGCUAUUGGUGCUGUUCUCCAACAAGACAGCCACCCAGUAUGUUUCGUCAGUAGGACCCUCAACGAACAUGAGAGGAAAUACUCAGCAACUGAAAAAGAACUAUUAGCAAUUGUGUGGUCGACGAAUUACUUUAGACCUUACCUUUACGGUGUUAAGUUCGACUUACUAACGGACCAUCAACCAUCAAAAUGGUUGCACUCGAAAACACAGGGUAAAGACCUUAACCCAAGACUAUAUCGUUGGCUACUGAAACUAGGGAAAUACAACAUUAACAUUGAUUCCAUAAAGGAUAAAUUCUCUAAAUUUGCAACCGCUUACUAUCUCGAGGACAGAAACAACCAAACUAUAAUUGAAAAAUUAAGGGAAUACAAAUCACAAAGAGGGCAUUUUAAAAAAUUAGUAACAGACAAUGAAUUUUGUAGCGUAAAUAUAAAAGACUACUUAAGAAAAGAAAAUAUAGAACUUAAUUUAGUUAAACCGAAUUCUCAUACCGGGAAUUCUGACAUAGAACGAUUACACAAUACACUUAGCGAAAAAAUUAGAAUGUUAGGAAUUGAAAAUAAGGACCUUAAUAUUAAAGAAAAAAUUUUUAGGGCUUUGGAAUGGUAUAAUAAUAGUUAUCAUUCCACAACCAGGGAAAAACCAAUAAAUAUUCAGGAAGAAAUAUUAAGAGAAAAUCAAAAUAUUCAGGUAAAAUUAAUCUUCAAAAUGCUAUUGCUGACAAUAAUACUGACAUUUUGCCAGGGACAUCUAACAGUAGAAAAAAUUAAUACAGAACUUGGUUACUCAGAAAUAAAACUGGACAAUGUUAAAUUAGUUAAGACUUAUGAUACAAUUCUACAUAUAGUUAAUAUUGAAGAAAUUUCGAAUAUUUUAAACACUUUUGAAGCAAACCUAAAACUUGCUAACUUAAACGAAAAGGAAAACACUUUACAAUUUCAAGUACAGACAAUUCGUACAAAAUUACAAACACUAGUUCCACACAGACAAAAACGUGGCCUAAUCGAUUUCGUAGGCACAGUACACAAAUGGCUUUAUGGAACAAUGGACAACACCGACAGAUUAGACAUAACCAACAUUAACAAACAAAGAUAUUUUUACUUACCACACUCUUCGGGAGUGGGCUCUACGGAUUCUGGGGAGAGCUAUUUAUUGCAUUUGAUUGAUCCGUUCAGGAGGAAUGCGAAGACCCGGCGUUCACCACCUAAAUCUGAUGUAGGGAUUUUAGAAAACAAUAAAGCUAUGGAAAGUGGACUACCGAACAUUCAAGCUCCACAAACCAACAAGGAAAUAAACAUGAGUAAACUUCAAGCCAAAAAAAGUGAUGAUCAAAAUGUUGACAUACAUAAAGGGAUUACCGAACUGGAACAGCUCUGUAUGGCUUUGAAAAACGUGCUGUUUCAACUGAGGACUGAGAAUGAGAAACUAAAGGAAGAGCAACAUUGGUAA